AUGGCCACUACUACACCUCCUCCAUCAAGGGAAUACAACAUCAACUUCACAGGCGACGUCAUGCUCGGCCGACUCAUCGACCAACUAUUCCCAACACACGUCUCUAACGCCGAAGACGAAUCCCACAUCCAAGCAUUCCGGUCCCGACACGCAGACACAUUAGGCUUAACAAAGUACACCCCUCAAAGCCCCUGGGGCACAACGCUACCACUCUUCACCAACGAGGGCGAAGGCGACCUGAACAUGAUCAACCUCGAAACCUCAAUCACAACAUUCUCAACCCCCUGGCCGGACAAGGCAUUCAAUUAUCGAAUGCACCCGGCCAAUGCAGCGCCCAUCCUAGCCGCGGCAAAUAUUGAUUUUGCCUGUCUCGCUAAUAAUCACACCCUCGACUUCGGCACCGAGGGACUUGUCGAGACGGUCUGGACGCUGAAACAUUUAGAAAGGCAUCGUGUCGCUAUUGCAGGCGCUGGCGAAACUACUCUGGAAGCCAUAUCUCCAGCCGUGCUCGAACUACCACGUAGCAAGAGUCAAAGGGGCAUCAAACAUGGCGGCCGGCCUGGUCCAUUGUCUCGUCAGGAUUUAGAUGAGAGAAAUGACUUUGACGAUGGUGGGCAAGGGGGAAAGGGGAAACAUCUGGUUCAUGUCUUUGCAGCAACGGAUCAUCCGCAGGUGUGGCGCGAUAUCCCGACUUUUCAUCUGAUUGAUUACUCGGAUCGAUGUCGCGAGCAUCUGAGACGGUUGAUACGGAAAUAUUCGCUGUCGCCGGAUAAUCCGGAAACAAAUGGCGCGCUUCCAUCGCUGAAGAUAUUCUCUGUGCACUGGGGGCCGAACUAUCGGUGGCAUCCGAGGGACGAGAUUCGGUCACUCGCUCAUUUCCUGCUCUUUGAAUGCGGCAUUGACAUUGUCCACGGCCACUCGUCGCAUCAUGUACAGGGGAUUGAGUGUCCCGCGCCGGGAAAAGUUAUCAUAUAUGGCUGUGGAGACUUUGUGGAUGAUUAUGCGCUCAACAAAGAGUUCAGGAAUGACCUCGGCGCGUUGUACAGAGUUGUUGUGCGCGAAGAACUUGGUGAGAAUAGCAGCAGUAAGAGAAAGGUGAAGCCGGUAAGGUUGGAGAUUUUUCCAACAAGGAUAGACCAUUUUCAGGCCCAUUUACUUAAAGCCGGAGACAACGAUCAUGAAUGGGUUGUGAGACAGAUUGGGUCAUUGACGGACGAGUUGAUGCAGUCUAGCAGUAGCUACGGACAUGAAUACAACGGUGCUGAGGGUACGAGUAUUAUACGGCCUGAAUUAGGGGGGAGAGGACAGCUAAUCAUUGAUUUGGUUUGA